AUGUUGAGUUUAAGAAGUACCACAAUUAAGACCGCUCUGCUGACCCUGCUCUCGAUGACAAUCGUAUGCGCUAUAUUUAUGCCGAAUCCAUGCAGUGUUGUGACAGCCAGCGUGUCAAUUGCUUCUAUCAGCACGGGUGUUAUUGGGAUCAUGUCGCGAUUUUCUUUCGAUCUCGAUCCAAUUGUAAUGGCAUGCCUUUUGAUGACAAUCGGAAUGAGUGUUGACUACAUCGCACACGUAGCAUAUCACUUCCAAGUUGACACGAGGACUGAGUUCGAGAAGGGACAGAUCGUUAAAAUACGCAUGGGAAGCCCACGACAACGGCUAGAGCACACCUUACGUACAGUUGGAUGGCCAAUGAUUCAAGCCGGCUUGUCGACCGUCUGUUGCAUCUUUCCUUUGACAUUUGUACAAACGUAUUCGUCAGCGGUUUUCACAGCGUCAAUCUCUCUGGUUGUGUUGUUCGGGAUAACACAUGGUCUAUUGUAA